AUGUUACUGAGCAGGAUUUUGUGCCGUGUCACUCCACGACAGCUUACCACAAGUCGGCUCAUCGUGAGCACGAUCAGUCGUCGUUCCGAGCUGAAGACCCCAGUUCAGGAGUGGGGUUGGGCGUAUCUCCAACGCCAGAAGGCUCUAGGACGUCCGAUCGCUCCACAUCUCGCCAUAUAUCAGCCUCAGCUCACCUGGAUGGUGUCAGGUCUCCAUCGAAUCAGUGGAUGUGUAAUGGCUGGAGUACUUCUUUUCGGAGGAGUCGGUUUUGCCGUCUUGCCGUUUAAUUUCACCCAGUUUGUGGAGUACAUACGCAGUUGGCACAUUCCAGCAGUGAUCACCUCUGCUUUCAAAUUUGUGAUCGCGUUUCCAAUCAUUUUCCAUACUUUGAAUGGAAUUCGCUUCAUUGGGUUUGACCUUGCGAAAGGAAUGGAUAACAUUAAGGCGAUUUAUAAAAGUGGUUACUUGGUGCUGGCUCUAUCGGUGAUUAUCGCAACGAUUGUGGUGAUCAAUGCUUGGCCGUCUAAACAGUACCAUGCAACAAAGACAUAUUGA